AUGUCUAAUAAACAACUAGUAAAGCCAAAAACAGAGACAAAGACAGAAAUAACUACUGAACAGUCUCAAAAACUGCUCCAAACAAUGCUCACAAUGUCUUUUGGUUGUUUAGCCUUUCUCAGGGGGUUGUUCCCUGAUGAUAUAUUUGUUGACCAACGGUUUGUACCGGAGAAAGUUGAAAAAAACUACAAUAAGCAAAACACGUCUCAAAAUAACUCUAUCAAAAUCAAGACAUUAAUUAGGGGCAAAUCGGCUCAAGCAGAUUUAUUACUGGAUUGGUUGGAGAAGGGAGUUUUCAAAUCCAUUCGUUUAAAGUGUUUAAAAGCCCUAUCAUUAGGUAUAUUUCUAGAGGAUCCCACCGAUCUCCUAGAAAAUUACAUUUUUAGUUUUGAUUAUGACGAAGAGAAUAAUGUCAAUAUUAAUGUAAACUUGAGUGGCAAUAAAAAAGGGAGCAAAAAUGCCGACCCAGAGAACGAGACAAUUUCUUUACUAGAUUCGAGAAGGAUGGUUCAACAGUUAAUGAGACGAUUUAUCAUAAUUACCCAAUCCCUGGAACCUUUACCCCAAAAAAAGUUCCUCACUAUGAGGUUGAUGUUUAAUGAUAACGUCGAUGAAGAUUAUCAGCCGGAGUUGUUCAAAGACGCGACUUUUGACAAAAGAGCAACUUUAAAGGUCCCCACAAAUUUAGACAACGAUGCUAUUGACGUCGGUACUCUGAACACGAAGCAUCAUAAAGUUGCUCUUUCUGUUUUGUCGGCGGCAACAUCCAGUAUGGAAAAAGCUGGGAACACGAACUUUAUUAGAGUAGACCCCUUUGAUUUAAUUUUGCAACAACAAGAAGAAAAUAAACUUGAAGAAUCUGUUCCUACAAAACCCCAGAAUUUUGUCACAAGCCAAACAACCAAUGUGCUUGGAAAUCUUUUAAAUUCUUCGCAAGCAAGUAUACAACCAACUCAAUUUGUUUCAAAUAACCCAGUCACGGGCAUUUGUAGUUGCGAAUGUGGAUUGGAAGUUCCCAAAGCAGCCACCGUGUUAAAGACUUGUAAAAGUUGCCGUAAAACACUACACGGCAUCUGUUAUGGCAAUUUUCUACAUUCGUCAAUUGAGAAAUGCUUUACUUGCAUUUUUGGACCUUCCUUGGAUACUAAAUGGUCUAAAUUUCAGGAUCUUAUGAUGAUUAGAAAGGUUUUUAGGUUCUUGGUGAGAAAAAAGAAGGGAUUUCCGGCCUCUAUAACAGAACUCAUUGAUAGUUUUAUCAACGUCGAAGAUCAGAAUAACGAAGUAAAAGAGAGAGUUGCAUUCGCCUUAUUUGUAUUUUUCUUAGAUGAAACACUAUGCCUCGAUAAUGGGGGAAAACCUAGCCAAACUAUUAGGUACGUUACGAGCUCUGUACUCGUUGAUGUAAAGGGAAUUGUCAUACCAAAUACUAGAAAGCAACUGAACGUAAAUCACGAAUAUAAAUGGCACUUUACCACCAGUUCCCCUAAAGCCGAGAGCUUCUAUCAAGAGGUUCUGCCUAACUCAAGAAAACAAGUCGAGUCGUGGUUACAGGAUAUCACUAACUUAAGAAAAGUCUAUUCUGAAGCUCUUUCUCCGUCGUCAACCCUACAGGAGCUUGAUCUUAACUCAAGCUUGCCUACGCAAGAUCCAAUAAUUUCUGGCCAAAAAAGGAGACGUUACGAUCUUGAUGAGUACUUAGAGGAAGAUAAAAGCUCAGUUGUUAAUGAUACGAUAAAAGCAAAAGAUUUUGAUGAAAGUGUACCAGCAAAGAUUCGCAAAAUCAGCGUCUCUAAAAAGACUUUGAAAAGUAACUGGUAG